CGCGCGGCGUCUCUGCCUCCUGCGAGUCAUUCGCCUUCUGACUCCCUUCAGGAGAGGACCACCAUGAUGCGGCUGAGGGCACCGGCGGUGCUCAGGGACCUGGCGCGGCUCGGCAAGGCGGCAGCGGCCGGCGCCUCCGGGGAGGGAUGCUGCCGCCUCCAUCACCACCGCCCCGCUUGGCUCCUCCACCCCGCCCUCUCGCCCUCCCCGAGGCUCUCCCCCCGCGCCUUCUGCACCCGCUCCGAGGGGAUCCUGGAGGAGCCAGGGAAAGGGCCCCCGCAGGCCACGGCGACGACUCCGGCCGCAGCCCCACCCGAGGCGCCCCCGGCUCCAGGCAGCAGCCACGGCAAGGAGGGCCACGGCAAGGAAGGGGAGAAUAAGACAAAGCAAGGUCUCUUGCCUAGUUUGGAGGAUUUGCUGUUUUAUACUAUUGCAGAAGGACAAGAAAAAAUACCAGUUCAUAAGUUUAUUACGGCUUUAAAAUCUACUGGUUUACGUACAUCUGAUCCAAGACUGAAAGAAUGCAUGGAUAUGUUAAGAUUGACACUUCAAACAACGUCAGAUGGUGUUAUGCUAGAUAAAGACCUCUUUAAAAAAUGUGUGCAAAGCAACAUUGUUUUACUUACUCAGGCUUUCAGGCGCAAGUUUGUAAUUCCAGAUUUUAUGUCAUUUGCCUCUCACAUUGAUGAGCUUUAUGAAAAUGCAAAAACACAGUCUGGAGGAAAGGUGAGUGCUCUGAUAAAAGAAUUGUCAUGUUUUUAA